AACCCGGAACUACAUACAGCGACAAACACCCGCAGCGUGCCCUUGUAGCUUCUAGCUAGCUACUUGAUUAUUAGGUAAAUAGAGUAAGCGUUGAGCCAUAUGAACAAUAUUUUUCAAGCUUACAUACAUUUUUAAACAUAUUUUUAGGCUACAGACAUGCCGACUUCUCCCGUAAAGACACGCAUUCCGCUGACAAGCUUUGGUCAUCUCAUAACCGAGGUCAAGAAACAGCUCUUUGGGAUGAAUGCACCAAACCCAACUGAACUGACAGGAUGGAGGAAGUAUUUUAACAGCUACACACUACAAGGACGCAGAAAUUUUGUUCUUGCCACAUAUGGUGCUCUUGCACUCACAGCUGCUGCCUACAUGCUGAGGCGCAGCAGGAAGAAGGAACUUGAAACAGCAUCUGCGUCCUCGUAAACAAAAAAGAAAUGAUUAAGUUUGGGGUUUUUGAGGGUUAAAAAGUACAAUAAAUUAUUUAUGAUCACCACAUGAAUGGACUGUGGCUAACAGAUUUUUGUUCAUUUUAGUCUUUAAGUGAUUUGCCAGCAGUGUGCAGUGUAUGGUUAUUAAGUGCUUUUUUUCCCCUACAGAAAUAUUGAGAGUGUCAGUGCUUCUUUUGGAAGCAAAUGGGACAGUUGCUUUGUUUUACAGGGCCAUUUUUAGCUAUAAGAGGUAUAAGCAGCCGCUUUGGGCCCUUGAGCCACCAGGGGCCCCCGCAAAGCAAGGUGUUUUUUUAUUUUUAAGGGCCAAGCACCGAAGGUGAGAAGCUCCUAUUGUAUCUGUUAGUGUUCUUAUUAUUAUUCUUCCGUGGAAAGUCUAUGGCAGCCCAUGGAACCGUACCAAGGAAAGUUAUGCAAUUUGGCACACUGAUAGAGGACACUCUCAAAUGUAACUGACCCAGAUGUGGUGUCUCUCACGCCAACCCUCUAGUGCCACCAACAGUUCAAAAUGUCACUUACGUUUCGGAAAUGGUUUACCCUUUUCUGAAGUGGUUAUUUUGAAUAAGUAUUAUAUUAAUUUGUUACUCAGAAAAGCGUCUUGCUGUCUUAAAAGUAUUUGCUUAAGUUGACAAAUCUCACUCUCAAAUGUAACUAACCCAAAUUUAGGGUCUUUCACUCAAACUCUCUAGCACCACCAACAGUUCAAAGUGUCACAUACCUUUUUGCCUAUAACUUUUGAACCAUAAGUCCUAGUAACAAAAUUAUUGAUUCCUUGGGUCAUGCCCCAGAUAUUGCAUUGUUUUUCGCCUCCGACCCACUCGAUUUUUCUGCAUUUUGAAUUUUCGGAAAAACCUACUUUAUCGAACUCCGACUAGGCUGUAUGUCCGAUUCGCACAAAAUUUGGCACGCAUCAUCUAGAGACACUCAUGACAAAAAGUUAUAGAAUUCAUGAUGGUAAACCAAACCGUUCUCAUAUAACUCAACAAAUGUGACAGAGAGCACACCAAAAUGCACGUAAAGCUGUAUCUUCACAAUGAUUUAGUGUAUUGACAUGAAACUUACUAUAUGUCAUUACAAGCAUGACCUGAGUGUACCUGCACAGUUUUGGCACAGCACCACCUAGUGGUCAGGAAAUAUGAAAAACAGCCAUUAUUGCUUAUAAUGUCUGAAUAGUUUGGCCUAAAAUCAUGAGAGUUUUCUCUUUAGAUUCCCCAGGGCAUAAGUUGAAUGAUAUCCAAUUUUUAUAUGUCAGCCGUGACCAGGCGCAAGCUGAUCCGGAACGGGCAAAAACCAAGUAUACCUAGGGCUUUAGCCGUAAGUCCGAUUUGCACUAAAUCUUGUGUGUAUUAUCUAGGUACACUCAUGACAAAAAGUUAUGAAAAGCUUUGUGAUAAACCAAAUCGUUCUCGUGUAAAGCGUCAAUGAAUUUCAUGGCAACACGCCAAUAAGGAUCUGAGGCUAUAUCUUGGCAAUGCUUUGCCGUAUUGACAUUAAACUUUUAUUUGUCAUUGAGACCACACCCUGACAACAUCACAUAAAUUUGGUGACAGCAUCAAAGCGUUUAUUGCAUUUAUUGGUCAAAAGUUAUGCUUAAUUAUAUUGUAAAAUUAGUCAUUCUACCAAUGUUUUUUUAUGCUGCUUUUCUUAACGUUAUAAUCAGUGAUGUCCAGUGAUACCUCCUUACUGUUGGUGUGCUUGGCACCGUAAUUGCAGCUUGCAGCUAUAUUUCUUUUUAUAUAUAUAUUUUUUUAAUUUUGUUUUAUUUAAAAUCUUUGUAAAGUUAUUUAUUGUUAUUAUUAUUAUUUUAUAAAAGAGGGUGGCCCUCCAAGUAGGAAUUUGCUUAAGGGCCCCCAUAUGCUCAGAAACGGCCCUGCUAGCAAUGCAAAUCUAGACUGAACACGUGUAGACUGAAACACACACAUGAAUUCCUGUCGAAUGCAAUGUUCAGAGGGUUUGCAGUCAGAUUUUUACACUUGAGAAAUAUCAGUGCUGUUUUAAAAUGAUGUUAUUCUGUGCUUUUUGUUUCAGGGUCAUCAUUUCAGUUGAUCAAGAUGUGGCAUCAUUCUGAAAGUGACAUUUCUAUGAAGUCCUAUUGCAUUCCAAAGUAGAUUCUAUUAAGACAGUCAGCAUAUGACUGGAAAACUACCUCUUUCCUUUAAGAGACCAGUUUAUUGUGAUAUCAGAUCAUUUUCCUCUUUCAGAUAUGAUAUGCAAAUUUAGUUCAAGUCUUUCUGACUUUAAAACAGUCUUACUGUACUUUUAAAAGAGUUACUUUUUAUGAAUAUUAUAUAUCUCUAUAAUAUAUUAUAGGUACCUGCAAUAGCCAAAGUGAAACUGAAAUGAAAAAGCACCUGCAUUCAGGUCUGCUGUAUGGUGGGUUGUGGUGAGGUUUUUUUAUUUUUUUUAUAUAUAUAUAUACAUAGGGGACUACACCUAGCUUACGAAAAUCAUUGGAGUGAAUGUGUUAUGUGUUAGGCAGUUGAUGACACUGGUAAUAAUAGUUGGUCUUCUUGGGAGUUUUACCUUUUCCAUUGCAUCUUUUUUGGGGCUCAUCUCAAAGGGGAAAAUAACUUAAUGUGGAAAUUAAUAUUUGGAUUCAUCUGAAGUACUGUGCACGGUAAUUAUUCAAAAUCUGCAGACAAAACUGUCAUUUGAUCAUGCAAAACAUAUAAAAAACUGCUUAAAUGAGUUAUGCAUUUAAAUAAUAAGCAAACACAUUUGAAAAAAAUAUAUUUUAAAAUGUAAACAAAUCUGGAAUUUUUUUUAUUUAUGUAUUAUUAAUUUUAAAACUCAUUUAAUAGCCUGGAUCUAAUGUAUUUGUAAUUAUGUCUUAGAUAAUUUCCAGGCAUGCAAUCUCUCUUGACUGUCAGAGAUACAGAUGUUUACAGAGACCAAAGAUGUAAGACGAAAAAAAAAAAACAUUUUCAAGACUUCUGCAGAAAGAACUGAAAACCAUAUAGCAUCUGUUAACGUUUUAUUUUCAAAACUGCAUUUACAAGUUGCAUUGAAUUAAUGUCCAUGUAAAACAAAUUUAAUUGCACACUUGUGUGACUAAUUUGGGUGUAUAUUAGUAUGUAUGCAAUUUGAGUAAAUAAGUAAAAAAAAAAAUUAAAAAAAAAAACAUAAAUUGCUGGAAUAUUUGUAUACUUUUACAGUAUAGUCUGACUAUAACAUGUAUAGAAGAUUGGGUUUACUAAAAAAAAAAUAAAAAUGAUAUAUAUAUAAUAAAUAUAAAUUGAGUUAUAGUUAUGCAUAUAUGUUUUCAGUUUUUAAUCCACAUAGAGUGUUUAGGUUAUAGUCCUAAACGAUCAAAAUAAAAAGGGGUGAAAACCUAAUACUUUUAAUCAUUAAUAUCUUGUAGACUGAGAUUGCAGUGUACAGAUCACGUGAUUUAAAGUAAGCCGAGGUGCAAAGCGAAAGUGAAAUCAAAGUAGUAUUUUAUAAGAGGCUAAAGAUAAAUAAUACAUUUAUAUGCGCACAUUAUUAACAUGAACUGUAUUGUUUGCUUAACACAUGCUUCUGUAAAUACACUUCUGGUGUCUCCUUCAUUGCCGAGAUCUUGGCCUGUUUGAAGAGAAUGCAUAGAGAUGGGGGGGUUCAGUUAUGCGCGCUAGUUGCCAAAUCGGUCUCCAUUAGCAUAUAAAUAUAGGAUUUUACUUUGCACGUCACGUAAUGCUUUUCAUUGACAUAUACAGUAUAUGUAUCUUUCGUAUAAGAUAUACGAAUACAUCGCAACGUAUCCUAACAUCCAUACAGCUGGAGUUCUUGGAGGAGAUCUUACAGUUCUUGGUAUUUCAGAGGCGAGACUGCCGCGUGUCUGUAUAUAUAUUGGUGCAAAAAACUUUCGGUUUCGCUAUUCUUUUGUAACGUUCAACCAGUUGAGAGAAUCUUGAUUCAUCUCAAAGAGCAGUGUCGCAGGAAAUCUUUGACACAAUUCUGGAGAAGCUGAGCUAGUCAACAUCAAAACUACAAUUGCGGCUGCACAGAAUUACUCGUUUAUGUGUUGGGACCAUGGAGGAAUGUCAUGAUUGGGCCCCAAUCCAGAAUGGUCCAACACAAUGACACUGACCUUCCAGUUGCACCACAAGGCCCAUCCAAGCCAGCAGAGGUCCCUACGCCCUGUUCUGUCCCACCAACACACUUUCGCCCCUUUCGGCACCAGCAGGACUGUAAUCUCAUCACCCAGGCUGUGCAUCACUUGAGCCACAGUGGAUUUUAUUGGGGUCCCUUGGAUGUGGAUGAAGCUCACACACAACUUGCCAAGCUCCCCCUUGGGACGUUCUUAAUCCGGGAUAGCAUGCAGGUGAACGUUUUCUUCACUCUAAGCUAUCGGGCUCCCGAGGGACCUACCAGUGUACGGGUGCUCCUGAAAGAUGGGGGUUUUAGUUUGGCUGGGAGUAAACACAGUUUCCCUUGUCUAUUUGCCUUGCUGGAGUACUAUAUAGCCUCCCCCAAAAAGAGUCUGAGUAAGCCCUAUCGUGGAGAAGCAGCACAAAGCCUACAAGAACUGGCACGGAGAGCAGUGGUGCAAAGUUUUGGGAAAGAUAGCAUUCAACAACUCCCUGUGAGCAAGAAGCUUAAAGAAUUUCUGUGGUUGUACCCAUUUAGUAUAUGAACAGAUUUUACCUGUUCACUUUCACAUUUUACCUUUAAGAAAGUGUAAUUUUUUUUUUUUAUCAUUUCAGAGAAUUCACAUGCCUGGGUUGCCCAACUAGAACAUACUGUAGUGUACUUAAGUGUGUGAUUGUUUGGGUUAUUCACAGAAAAAUGCACUACAACACAGUUUUAUAUGAAAGAUACUGCAUAAUCAGUAGCCUAUUUUCCCAUCAUUGGCCGAUGAUUGCUUUAGAGCAAUUACACUGGUACUGGUAAAGUGUUACAGUCUGUAUUAUUGAAUAUGAUGACUUUGUUACUUUUAAAUUGUAUUGUCUGUCUUUAUAUAUGAAUGUAAACCAUCUAAUACACACAGCACUGGUAGUGACCAUUAUCAGUAUAAUAAUUUACAUUAUGGGAUUCAGUACAAUAUGUAGACUAUUAAAUCUAUAGUAUGCAUUAUGCCAUUCUGCCAUGCAGAUAAUCUGAAGCAUUUCACCUAGUUUGAUGUUAAGAGUUAUGUUUAGGAUUGCUUUUUAUUACAAUAAAUGUAAUUUUAUUUAUCUGUUUAACUAUUUAGCCUAUCAGUUGAUUUAAUUUACUGUCAUCUAUCUAUCUCUCUCUGUUUCUGUUUCUCUUUUGCUCUUUCUAUGCACUAAUGGUUUACUUGUAAUCCGACCCAACCAGAAAUAGCCAGGAACAUACUACACGCUUCAAAUCAAAUCAAAUCCAUUUAUUGUCACUCAACCAUAUACACAAGUGCAACAGUGUAUAGUCUUGGGCUACAUCACAUUCAACAGCCACAUCUAGGAGAAAAUAUGAGUUAUGUAUCCACCAGCUGCACCCAUUCAUGGUCUAGCAACUAUGAGAGUUAUGCACUGAAUAAAAAAUGCAGAGUUAGAUUUACUUAAUUUUUAUUUUGCAAGUUUUUGCACACAGUUUUUCUAAGUUAUUUUUUUAAUUAUAUAAAAUUAAGCAAACUCUACUUAAAUUCAUGACAUAAUAUUGUGUGAGAGAAUGAAUUUAACUGAACUAUUUCAGUAAAAUGUACUUACAAAUCCAAUGUGCAUAGUGUUUAAAUUAGCUUAGUAAAAUUUAAAUGAACAAUUUACUAAAAUAUUUCACAUUUUGAACAUUCAUUAUUAACACAUCAAUAAACCACAUUACAUAUGAAAGCAUUCCAUAGGAAAGCUUCAUGCAUGCUAUGUAGUCUAUUACACAACAUCACCUUGCAUUACUGACAAUGGGAACACAACGUGGCGCUGCGCACUCAAACCUCAACACUUGGUGCUCAAAACACGAUGAUGGUAACAAUUACCAGAUAAUUUUUUUGGGAUCAUGAACGGGCAAUUUUAAGUAGAAAAUUAACUUCAUCCUUCACAAAACAAGAAGUUACCGAAUGUAACAUCAAGAUCAAUAAUAAAAAUGGUUUAAAUAAAACUGCAAAUAGUGAAACCAUGCAUGCUCAUUAAUUAUUCAAGCCUGGUGCAUACUGGAAACAACAGUAAGUAAAAUGAACU